AUGAAGAGGAGAUUCGAGGAGAUGGAAGCAACCAACACCAUAUAUGAGAAACUCUAUGGGCUUCUCCAAGUUACAAACGAAUCAGAUGCAAAACAAGUCUUUGAAAAGAUUCGGCGUGGCGUAGACGUUGGGAGCAUACUUGUCCAAAGCAAUGAAACCAGUACCACGACGCCGCCUGGCAUUGCGAGCGACGCUUCUCCCAGUUCAUGUUUCCAACAAUUGCGCUCGUGGAAGUACUGCCGCCCUGCUUCAAGGAACAACGGGCUGCCGGCCGACACAGACGAGUCAACCAUACUGACUCUUCCCCCGCGGCCGCUCGACGCCUACGUGUCUCACUGGCAUCAGGAUAGGUGGACUCAGAUAGGAUGGACAAAGGCGCACAUACAUCACCUCAUCGACGCCAUUUUUUCUUGGGACUACCUCCCUUUCAGCCUUUUAUCUCACGAUCUUUUUCUGCAGAGCUUCUAUAGCGACUCGAGCCAGUUUUGUUCCUCGGCAUUGGUGUGCGCUAUCCUAGCACUGGCAUGUCGCCUGGUAAACGAAGACAAGGACGAACUUGACGUUCUCCCAUCUGGGUGGAUUGGGAGCAAAACCUUUUUUGACCAGGCUAAUGCAAAGCUGCACAAACACCGGACCAAGGUCCUUCCGGAUAUACAAGCAAUCGGAGUACUCUCACUCUAUCACCUGCGAUGUGGACAAGAAGCCAAGGCGCAAGAGUAUGCUGAAAAUUUCAUGGCUAAUAUUAAAGAGUAUCACGACCCCGACUCUUCAGUUCGCAACAAGGGUGAGCAAUACGAGAGAGUGCUGGACAUUACCUACUGUGGGGCGGUAUCGCUGUCUCGAGACAAAGUAGUCGAGAGUCUGCUGGGUAACAGGAUCGCAGCCUUGACCCCAGGAGGGCGCAACUUGCAGAUGCUUGGCAUGCAGUUCAUCUCGGGCAAGAUCUUCGAGUUGACCGAAUGGGUGUACAGUUUCAUAGCGCUGGCUCGCUCAAGCAUCCGAAGUGGCUCGGGUAACGUGAGGGCCUUCUACAAGAAGUGUCUGGACUGGUACAAGGAGUUGUUUGCCUAUGCCGAAAGUGACUGCGGCAGAACGCCGUUUGUACUAUUCGCCCACAUAUAUUACCACUACUGCCUUCUGUGUGCCUUCCGGCCCCUCAUCGGCAAGGACAUGGGAAGCACCGACAUCCGGCCAUUCACGAUAUGCAAGGAGACUGCGCAGUCCGUCCUAGCCCUGACCCAGUCCUACGAUGACCUUUUUACUCUUCGCCGCGUGUCUGGACUCAUGCCGUAUUUCGUUUGCACCGCGGGUAUGCUUGGUCUGAGUAUGGAAACGGAGGGCAGGUCCAUGAGCUCGGUGCACCUACGCCUACAGCACACUGCACAGGAGGAUGAAAUGAUGGCCGUGCAACAAUCUCCAAGUCCGGAUGAAGGCAAUGUAAGGACAGCAUCUCCGUACAUCACAAUGUCGGCGACCGAUCAUGCGCGCCUGCUGCUUACCAAGAUGGGCUCCGCACAUCCGGCGGCGAAUAUUGCCAGGAACCAGCUUCAAGUCACCUGA